UUUUAGACUUCCGGUGCAGUUCGCUCUCUAGCUAGUCGCGCGCACAGCUUCUUCCUUAAUUUCUCUGCAGCGUCUCCUUCCGGCACAUCACACGUCUUUAUUCAGUCUUUUAUAAGCUCUUUUCGACCGCUGUCAUCCAGGAUUUUCUCCACUGCACAUAGCCGGUUGUCAGGUCGCCUGUAAGAAUGAAGGGAGUGAAACUGGCCGUGGUUCUGAGCGUGUUUUUGGCCUUCGUCCUCGUGACUGAAACGGCGCGAAGCAAGAGAGACUCCAGCAGCCAGAACAGCUUCAGGAGGGCGGCCAGUGGCUUCUACCAAACCCUCAGCAAUAUCCUCGGAGAGGAGAACAUGAGGGUUCUGUACAAGUUCUUCUCCAAAACUACAGAGAGGUUCGUUCAUGGAGUGGAUUUAUUAGUGGACACCUUGUGGAAGCUGUGGGUGGAUCUGCUGGAUGUAAUGGGCAUCGACUCCUCUAAUCUGACGCACUACUUCAGCCCAUCGUCUGUGUCCAGUUCUCCUGCUCGCGCACUCCUCCUGGUGGCAGCCUUGCUGGUGGCUUACUGGUUCCUGUCCUUGUUCCUCAGUGGUUUCUUUUACAUCCUCCACGCAGUGUUUGGCCGUUUCUUCUGGCUGGCCCGUGUGGCCCUUUUUGCUCUCUCCUGCCUGUACAUUCUGCAGAAAUUCGAGGGCGACCCGGAGAAAGCGGUGCUGCCACUGUGCUUCAUCAUGGCGAUGUACUUCAUGAUGGGACCGGUGGGAGCAUACUGGAGGAAAGGGGGUGGGCCUGGAAACCUGGAGGAGAAGAUCGACCACCUCGAUACACAGAUCCGGCUCCUUAACAUCCGCUUGAGCAGAGUGAUUGAAAACCUAGAGCGCUCCAGUGACCAAUGAAAUGAUUUCCGCUCCGGGCUAAGGGUCAGCGCUGGGGUUUGUGAGAUGGGAUAAGAAGAAAAAAUUGCUUUGUUUUUUGUUUUUUUUUGCCGUCUUUUUUUUCUCAGGAUGUCCCAACAUUUUAGUCAGGCAAGAAUUGUAUGUGACAUAAAUUCCCCAGUUGAUAUGCUGAAAAGUUUAGAUCCACCCUGUUGUUGUGGAGUGUAUUAUUAGUGUCCACUUCUACAGUAGCCGCCCAUUUUUGAGCAAAUAUCAGGAUUUUUUUGUAUACUGUGGGUCCGUGUGUGUCUGCAAGCCUUGAGUUGAGUGUGUUAGUCCAUUGCGCAGUGUUAAGCCCUUUUACGUAAGCUUCGUUAGGGCACUUUCUGUGAGUGUGUGUGUUAUUUAUCAAUCAUGAAGGCAAUGCAAUUGAGAGUUGAUUCAGAAACACUCAAAGUGUGAAGAAUAGCCAGUAUCACUUAGGGCUGUGCAAAAAAUCGAAUGUGAUUUUCAUGCGCAUCUCAUCAGUAAAGGCGCUCCUGUAAUUAGUAGUAUAUCUCCAA